AUGGCAAAAGGACUAGAUGGUGAAGUGUAUGAUGAACCCUACCAAUCCCAGAUUAGUGAUGAUCAUUACUCUCAACUUAUGCCAUCAUAUAAGGAGGACCUUGUGUUGGUUUCAGCUUGGCUUAACACAAGUAUUGAUCCAAUUAUUGGGACAGAUCAAACAAAUAUUCAAUAUUGGAGAAAAGUAGGGUCAUAUUAUAAGGCAGCCAUAGAAAAUACAAAGUAUGGGCCACGGACAGACAAAUCUCUUACAAAUCGAUGGAGUACAAUCCAACAAGCUGUAAACAAGUUUUGCGGCUAUUACACACAACGAGAAGGAAGUCUCCGUAAAUCUGGUGAUACCGACAUAGACGUGCUUCAAGAGGCUAAAAAGAUCUACCAUGAGAUCCAAAAAACUCCAUUUCGAUUAGAAAACUGUUGGAAUAAGUUGAGAUUUAAUGCUAAGUGGAUCGAAUACAUGCGACAAGGACCAACAAAAAGAAAAGUAUCUUCAGGUGACACAAUUAAUUGCGAUGAUGAAGAGAAUACUAGUAAUGAUUUUAUUGAUUUGGAGAGACCAAUGGGACAAAAGAAAGCAAAGAAAGAAGCUAAAAGAGGUAAAGGUAAAUCUGCUGAUAUAUCUGAAUUUGAUAAUGCUAUUAUCAAAUGGACAGAGGAAAAAAUGAAGAAUGAAGAAAUCAAAGUGGAAAUUGCCAAACAACACUUAAAGAUACAAAAGGACCAAAAAUAUCAAUGA